GUGGGAUCCUGGGAGUUUGUUUGGUGGCUUCUAUUCGAUUUCGAGCGGCACCUCUUCUUUGAUUUGCUCGUCCUCUUGCUUCUUGGACUGGGCGGCUUCCGAUUUUUGCUGUGAUUUCUCACGGGAGCCUUUGGGUUUCUUGGCAUUCUUUCGGGAUUUGGGUUGGCUUCAGUAAACUUCGCGAAUUCCUUGGAUUUUCUCACAUUAAUGUUUCUUGUGUCUUCAUGGGUUUAUCUGGCGCUUGCUUUAAGAACUCACAGGUUGUUCUGUUAGUCUCUGCUAUUUGAUGAUAAAUUGGUUGGGUGGUUCCAGAGUUCUGGCCAAAUUCGCCUCUGUUCCCGAGUUUAUCUCCCGCUACUGACUUUUACCGGAGGUUUUGGGUUUCUGCAUGUGUUCUUGUUCCUUCGGUGGCUUUCGAUUUGUGCUUUGAUUUCUCAGAGAAGCUUUUGGGAUGGUUCCUGGGUGUCUUUCACGGGAGAUUUUGGAUUCCUUUUUGGAUUGUCGGCUUUAAAAUCUCAGCAGAGGGUGAUUACUGGUCAUCCUCUCUGUUUGUUGUCUUUUCCAAACAUCUUUAAUUCGUGUUCCAGUUCUGUGAUCGCCACUAUCUUCAUUCUUGGUGAUGCCUCGUGUGCGUGUGCGUCGGUAUCUUGGGCUGCAAAGCCUUUUUCCCUUUCUGUCAAAACAAGAAUAUCUGAGGCAGGAACCUUGCUAAUAAUAGUGGUGACCUCUUUGUAAGUAAUUAGGACUAGAAGCAUGCACAACGCUCAAUAGGGAAGGGUAGUAGGGUACGGAUAUAUGUACUUCUGAAUGUUAACCAAAAAUGUCAUGUGUCUCUUGUUCCAGGACAACCAUGUGUCCCUCAAAUCCUGAGCUGAAACUGGCAGCACUUAACAUCAGUAUCAGGGAUUCCUGGAGUGAGGAGGAACUUGUCAGAUUCUUGGCAGAGAGGAAAGCCGAGGAUCCCCUUCCGCAGGACGUGCUUGUGGGUCUGGACUUCUCCCUCGUUGAUCCACGGAUCUUCACUGACACAUGGUACUUGAGCUGGUCAGAUGAUCAACAACCUAAUAACAGUGCUGAAAACAGUAUCAGAAAGGCAAAAAAUGGAUACUGGAAACAUGCGGAGUCAUGCAAAGUACCAACAAGUAUAGGUAUCAUGGGCGUGAAAAUUAUUUUGGAGUUUUAUGAAGGUCAAGCACCAUGUGGCAAGAGAACUGGGUGGGUGAUGCAUGAAUAUCAAGUGGAACAUAAUGACGAAGCUAAUCUACCACAGGACUACAAGUCUUUGUGUAGAGUAUUCUUUCAGGGUGACAAAAAGCUAGAUGCUAAAAGUCAACAAAAUUCUAUGAAUGUAGAUGCUCAUAAUGAUAACUUGGAGACUUACCUUCAGUAUCUUGCCAAACUAGAAGAGCCAAAGGUGACAGCAGAUGCAAAUGAGGAGGAUGUUUGUUCUAGCAAAGUACAGUUUGAACAAAAACAUCAGAGUGCUCUAGAUGAUACUGAUGUUAUUGCUACUGGGGACUACAUAGAGCUGAAUGACCUACUAACCUCAGAAGCCUCUGCAUCAACUUCAGAAAACUCAAGCAAGCGAUCUAUGGUUUCUGAGGAUUAUUUUGAUAGUGAUGCAUUCCUGCAUGAAAUCUUGAAAGGCAGUAACACAACUGAUGGACAAAAUCAAGACCACAAGUUUAGCAUUGCUGCACCUACUAAAUCAGCUAAUGUGGUACUCAGCCCUUCAGAACAAGGGGUAGUUCAUUUCCAUGAUAACAAUGGCAUGGUGCCUGUAACUUCACAUCAGAAGCCAGUGCCAGAAGGUGAUAGAGGUGAACAUUCAAGCCAGGGGUUUCAGCAGCAUAGUCUUUCUGUGUCUUCCUAUUUCCCAAGCAGCCACGUGAAGGGAAGCCAUUCCAACAGUUCUAAUAGCUCGCAGAGCAGCAUCAAGUCUCAUAAAGAGCAGUCUACCAGUAAAUUUGGAAAGAUAGGAAAGUACUGCUGCUUCGGAUCAUUCUAGUCCAAUGCGUAGCUUCUGUUCUAUUUUUGUACAGGAUGGAACAUAGGGAAGGAUCUGUUUUUCCACUUCAUCAUUAGGCACAUGAUACUGCACAAAUUGAUAUAGUGACAUUGGCUGAUUGACGCAACAAGUAGUUGCCAUAUCUUGUGGAAUUGAAACUAGAUGGUAGCUAGUUUGAAGCUACCUGGAACAAAACAAUACGAGCUGUGGAAAGUUUUCCACUUUUUGUUCAUUUACUGAUAAUGUGGUGAAUACCUUGGGCUGAUGAUUCUUUUA